CUUCUUUUAGUGGAAGUGAACAACAAGAAAAUGCAAAGUGGAAACCAGACUUCCGUGGCUCACUUCCUCCUGGUGGGUCUGCACCACCCACCACUGCUGGCCGUGCCACUCUUCCUGGCUUUCCUCCUCAUCUACCUCCUCACCGUCUCGGGCAAUGGGCUCAUCAUCCUCACUGUCCUGGUGGAUGUCCGGCUCCACCACGCCAUGUACUGGUUCCUGUGUCACCUGUCCUUCCUGGAUAUGACCAUAUCCUCUGCCAUCGUGCCCAAACUGCUGGCUGGCUUUCUCUUGGGUAGUCGGGCUAUAUCUUUUGGGGACUGUGUCAUCCAACUUUUCUCUUUCCAUUUCCUGGGCUGCACUGAGUGCUUCCUUUACACACUCAUGGCUUAUGACCGCUUCCUGGCCAUCUGUAAGCCUUUGCACUAUGCCACCAUCAUGACCCACAGAGUCUGUAACUACCUGGCUCUUGGCACCUGGAUGGGUGGAACCCUCCAUUCCCUUUUCCAAACAAGCUUUAUAUUUAGGCUGCCCUUCUGUGGCCCAAACCGGGUUGACUACUUCUUCUGUGACAUCCCUGCCUUGCUGCGUCUUGCCUGUGCUGACACCACCAUCAAUGAGCUCGUCACCUUUGUGGAUAUUGGCUUCCUGGCCCUCACCUGCUUUGUGCUCAUCCUCACUUCCUAUGGCUACAUAGUGGCUGCCAUCCUGCGGAUCAGAUCGGCGGAGGGACGCCGCAACGCCUUCUCCACCUGUGCUGCCCACCUCACUGUGGUCAUCGUGUACUAUGUGCCCUGCACCUUCAUUUACCUGCGACCUGGCUCGCAGGAGCCCUUGGAUGGGGUGAUAGCUGUCUUCUACACUGUUGUCACCCCCUUGCUCAACCCCAUCAUCUACACCCUCCGCAACAAAGAGAUGAAGGCAGCAUUAUGGAGGCUGGGAGGCUGCAAGGUGGUGCAGGCUCACUGA